AUUGUCGAAUAAUAUUAACUAAUUUGUGUCAUUUAAUGAGCACUCCUGCUAUAAAUUACACAUGCGCAGAAUGCAGUAGUUCUAUUACUCGACGUUCUGCAAUGAUUCGGCGGUGUCUUUAUUUUGAUUAAUAAUUGGCAAGCAUAUUGUAAAAAGAAUGAUAAAACUAUGAAGAAUCGAAAUCUUAAAUCGUCUUCCCACUUCAAUACAUUGUGCCAUUUCAGCUGUCAUAGCUAUCGUGAAAUAUAACCUAUCGCAUAGAAUUAGUAAACUUAGAAAUGCACAGGAGGUGGUUUUAUUAAAAAAAUCGAAUGUUUACUAAAAAAGGGAUAUAUGUUACUUUAAUAGUGCAAAGAAAGUUGCUGUGUAAAGCGUUCACAAAUUUCUGUCGAAAUGAAAAUAACGAAAUCCACUGUUAUUCUUUUGAUCUUUGUAUUAGUGUUAUCAAUACUUGUAGCAAAUGUUGCUGAUCUAAUUAAUGUUGAUACUCACGUGUUAGAUGAUACUAUAACAAACAAAAAUGUGAGAAAUGAAUGGUCAAACCCAAAAUAUUAUGAUAUUGGAACAUCCUCUGAUCAUUUAAUUUGGUUCUUACAGAUAUCAGAUAUACAUAUAAGUAUAUUUCAAGACCCAUUAAGGAUAACAGAAUUAAGAGAAUUUUGUAACAUUACAGUUGGCACUAUUAAACCACCUGUUGUACUUGCUUCAGGUGAUCUUACUGAUGCAAAAACCAAAGACAAAAUGGGAUCAAAACAAAUACUAGAAGAAUGGCAGUAUUAUAAACAUAUUUUAGAUGAUACUGAAGUUAGUAAAAAAACCUUAUGGUUAGAUGUGAGAGGCAAUCAUGAUAAUUUCAAUGUAGUAAGUCUUGAAGCAAGAAAUAAUUAUUAUUCCAAUUAUUCUAUUCAAGGAAAAAUACAUCCAAGAUCUUACAUGUAUACUGUGAAUGUUGGUACUGAAUUAUAUACAUUCAUUGCAAUAGAUGCUUGUUUGAAUCCUGGUCCAAAAAGACCAUUCAAUUUUGUUGGUGUAUUAGAUGAACAUGAAAUUAAAAGUAUGCAGGAGUUUGUAAAUAAAUCCCAAGAAAAUAAUGCAGAUUAUAUAAUAUGGUUUGGUCACUAUCCUACUUCAUGCAUACUCUCACAAACAAGUACAGGAAUCAGAAAUGUUAUAGGAAGGUACAAAGAAAGCAUGGCAUAUCUUUGUGGACACUAUCAUAUGCUUGGUGGAAUAGCUCCUAACAUGUAUACAAUACAGAGAGCAGGAUUUCUUGAAUUAGAAUUAGCAGAUUGGAAAGAUAACAGAAUGUAUCGUUUAGGAGCAAUAGAUCAUGGUCAAUUUUCUUUUAUUGAUGUGAAACAUAAAGAAUGGCCUGUGGUAUUGAUCACUAAUCCUAAACAUGCUUUGUAUAUGAUGCCUAGAAAAGAAAAUAUAAUGUCUAUUAUUAAAUCUACACAUAUUAGGAUACUGGCGUUUUCAAUCGCUUCGAUAAAAAUUGUUGAAGUUCAGUUAGAUAGUACAGCAUGGUUGAAAUGUGAACAUGUUAAUGGACCAUUGUAUGUCUUAAAAUGGAAUUCAACAGAAUAUAGUGAAGGAAUUCAUACUAUUCGAGCAAAAGUCGUAGAUGUAGAUGGCAGGGAAACAAUAGUGUUUCAACCAUUUGCUCUUGAUGGAUCUCGUUUAUCGUUUCGUAUUUUGCCUAGAAUUCUACUUAUGUCCAAUGUCAGUGUCAUUUUUCAGUUCUUAUUUGGAACAGUGUUAGUCUUGUUAGUAAUCCCAUUAUGUUUACUUCGUUUUCUUCAUAUAUUCUGCGAAAAUAAACAAAUGCAUCGACCGCGGUUCAAGAUAAAAUUUAUUCAAGCAUGGUUUAAAAAAUUGUGGAUAUUGUCUACAGUUGACCGCCUUUUUUAUCCAUUAGUACUGUACGCAUUAUAUUUAACAGUCGGACCAUGGGCAAUUGGUGAAAUAAUAGAAAAUCACACAGGAAUAAUUUUCGCUUGGGGAACAUUCGUCAAAAAUUCUUAUUUGCCUGGCGGUUUUACUUAUGCUUAUGGAUUUUUUCAAUUAUUUUCCUUCCAUUUACCGCUAAUGUUAAUCUUAGCGCACAGAGUAGAUAAACGCUUACAGAAUAUCAACAGACUUCAUGAGAAACACUCAUCUAAAAUAUGUUGCCUCUGGGAAUAUUUACCAAUUACGUUAUUAAUUGUAAUGCAAACGAGCAUGGCUUAUUUCUUUUGGUUAGCAUAUGGAACAUUAGCAACUAUAGUAUGCCCUUUACGUACUUGGAGCAUCUUUUUAGCAAUAAUGUUAUGGCAUCAAGUGAAUACGAUGCCUCAAUCAUGUCUAAGGUCUGCUGCGAAGAUAUGGUCCACACAUGGUUGAUAUAUACACUAACAUAUUCUAAAAAUGUGGUAGUAUUUAUUUUAUUUAGAUAGGCUAUUGUAAUAAUUUAUAUAUUUUACAAGCCAAUUUAAUUUGCUAUGUAACAUAAUACUCUUUUUUUCACAUAACAUGAAAGGUGCUUAACAAAGUCAUCAAAAUAGUUUCAAUUGUGUGUCUUAUUUCGUAUAUACUGAGUUAAUAAAUAGUCUUGUUGUUCCAUUAUAAAUUAAU